AUGUCUAACAACGGGCCCAUCAGUUGCCGGACAAUCGAGGACGUCGACCUUCCUGCACCUGCGACUAAGCUCAUCAUCACACAGCAUCUCGCAGCAUCUCAAGAUUCUCCUUUCUGGGCCUGGAUCAUUGUAGGAGCAUUCUACGACCGUCACGGCAACACCCUUUGGAGUACCAAGAUCUUUCUUGGCUACCUAGGCGUCGACACGGACUCUGACGACGAGACCACUGAUAGCGAGGGCAGCGUUUCAGUGACAGAAAGUGAAGCUGAAGAGGCAACCGGUACAUCAAACAUCCAUCUCCCAUAUCGACCAAGCCCUUUCGGUAGUGACAACGCCUUUGCCUACCAAUACCACAACCAGACACUCCAAGCCCAACAGUUCUAUCCUCAUUGGAACCAGACUUUGGCAUACAACGCUCCGCCCGUUUGGGAUCCAGCUCGUCAAGGUCAAGUUCCUGGUUAUUGGAACGCUUCUUUCGACCCUCAAGUUCGUCGCUGGGUACAUACCUGGCAGCCACUUAACUGA